AUGAGGAUCCCUCACUUGGGCUAUCGAGGUUAUCAAAUGUCAGAGCACUUGGGUCAAGAGCACACUCUUUCCCAUCCAUUUGGGGUAAAGGAAGCCAUUUUGAAUGAUGAGAUUUACUGCCCUCCGGAAACAGCAGUUCUACUGGCAUCUUACUCUGUUCAGGCCAAAUACGCCGACUACAACCGAGACAUUCACAAGCCCGGUUAUCUCACCAAUGACAAGCUGCUACCACAGAGAGUAUUGGAACAACAUAAACUGACUAAAGAACAGUGGGAGGACAGGAUUCAGAUGUGGCACGAGGAACACAGGGGUAUGCUCAGAGAGGAUUCUAUGAUGGAGUAUCUGAAGAUUGCUCAGGAUCUGGAAAUGUAUGGAGUGAACUACUUCGAGAUCAAAAAUAAGAAGGGAACAGAGCUUUGGCUGGGAGUGGAUGCUCUUGGUCUCAACAUUUACGAACAUGAAGACAAGCUUACACCAAAGAUUGGUUUCCCAUGGAGUGAGAUUCGAAACAUUUCUUUCAACGAUAAGAAGUUUGUCAUCAAGCCCAUUGAUAAAAAAGCACCAGACUUUGUGUUCUAUGCACCACGACUGCGAAUCAACAAGCGCAUCCUGGCUCUGUGUAUGGGCAACCAUGAGCUGUACAUGAGGAGGAGGAAGCCUGACACCAUUGAGGUGCAGCAGAUGAAGGCUCAGGCCAGAGAAGAAAAACACCAGAAACAGAUAGAGAGAGCUCAGCUUGAGAAUGAGAAGAAGAAACGAGAGCACGCAGAAAAGGAGAAGGAGAGAAUAGAGCGAGAGAAGGAUGAGUUAAUCGAGAGACUGAGACAGAUUGAGGAACAGACGAUAAAGGCACAAAAAGAGCUGGAGGAGCAAACACGCAGAGCUCUAGAGCUUGAACAGGAGCGAAAGAAAGCAAAGGAGGAGGCAGAGAGGCUGGAGAAAGAGAAACAGGCAGCUGAGGAGGCCAAAGCAGUACUGACCAAACAGGCAGCUGACCAGAUGAAGAACCAGGAACAACUGGCAGCUGAGUUGGGGGAAUUUACUGCCAAAAUCGCCCUGCUGGAGGAUGCCAAGAGGAAAAAGGAAGAGGAGGCAACAGAAUGGCAGCAUAAACGUUAUAGAACACCAGGCCAUCACUAUGGAUCCAGCAGUAUCUGCGGGAGUAGUUCUCCCCCUUAUUUGUCAAGGCGACCACUCCCUCAAGGAUCAUACCCAGGAAUUGCCCACCAAACUCACAUUCCAGAUAGGUCUCUCAUUGUUUUCUAUCAGUCUGGACUCAAUGAACCAUUAAAAUAACAACUGUUCAGUUAUGAUCCUUAAGGAAUCUUUGUGGACUUUUGGAUCUCCCUUCACUGUGGGAGUGGCGGAGGAGCCUAAUGAUUUUUUUGGGGUGCCAUGCACCUCAAGCUUCGGUGUCCACAGAGUUAGGACCGCCACAGACAUCAUCUGCCAGUACCAGCCUGGCUAUUGUAUCUGUCUCAGGGCAGAUAAGUCUGGCAUCUAGUGUGAUGUCAGCUCUGAUGUCAGUGUGUGCGGACCACAGGCCAAUCUCAGUGGUCUCACUGCUCCCAAGCCGAGGGGUCUCAGCGCUUCCAAAUCAAGUGUUCCCAAUUCCAGUAGUCCAUGAGCUUCAAGGUCUGGUGGUCCCGGAGGUCCUACCACUGUCAUCUGUACUGCCUGUGAUGGCUACCGCCAUCUUGUGUGUGUGGGCUGCACAUGCUCCUCCUGAGGAGACAGUGUCUGCUGCAGCUUCCUCUGAGACAUCUGCACUCCCUAUCAUGGCUAUGGAGGAGAGCUGAGCUCUCUGUCUGCUCCAACACUGCCAAGGAGUCCAUAUCUGAACUAACCAGCUCUGCCCUGGCUCCCUAAACUGCCAUCUUGGUUCCUUACUCCAUUGGCUUCGCCCUUGUCCCUUUGCCCCAUUUGCUCCACCUUGGUGUCCUCCAGCUCUGCCAACUCUGCCCUGGCUUCCUACUAAACAAUUAGCCCUCUGUGUAUUUAUACCCCAGUGUGUCCCUUGUUCAGUGUCUGGUGUUGUCUUUGAUGUAUGUAUCGCUUUCUGUUCCAUUUUCUCCCCAUGUUUGGAUUUACUUUAUUUUGCCUUUGUUUCUCUGUGCUUGGAUUUACUUUUUAUUUUUGUUAAUUAACUCAGUGUACUGCACUUGGUUUGUAUUUUACAUUAUUUCUGAAUCAACAAGCGUUACAGUGCCCCAUUUCUGAUAUGAAUAUAUACCCUGACAUACAGUUGUUUGUUGUCUUCAGAUCCUCUUGUCUUCAGGUCCUCAUAGCAGCAUGAAAAACAAAAACAUUGCUAUUCAAAUUUGAAUAAAUUAUGCACUGAAUGCAAGCAACAUGACAAUAGAGUGCACUAGUGUUCAUCCACUUUUUUAGACAUGCAGUUUCCAGUAUUUUUCCAUUAAUUUUUCACAUAGGGAUUUUAAAAAAAGUAUUUGUUAAAGAGUUAUGAGCAACGAAAGUCAAUCGGCUAUGAUAUGAAUUAUAUCAUUACAAAUGUUUAUUUGAAACAAAAACUUUUUAUGUUAAUCAAUAAACAAAAAACGAAGGGCACAAGACUGUGUACUUAACUGCUUUAGUGAGGAAAAGAACUACAAUCCCUGAAGCAUUGCAAAAAGCAUAAGUGAAUUAACCCUCUGGGGUCUGAGGAUUUUUUGAGACCCUGGAGAAGUUUUGACAUGCCCUGACAUUUGUGCUUUUUUCAGUUGCUUAUAAACAUUUUAAUGGCAA